UGUGAAACAACACACGCGGUAGAAGUUAACAAAUAUAUUUAUAAAUUGUAGUUAUUCUUUAAAUUAUACACCAAAGUACAAAUUGGAAAAGCUUUAGACUACUAAGGACAUGAGCAAACCCAAGCCGAUACCUGAUAGAUGGCUUAAUUACCGACCCAUCGGCGAGCGCAUACAUGGGACCCGUUUUAUUGCAUUCAAAGUGCCGCUGAGUGAGUAUGUCAAUGAGGAUGUGGAAGAGGCGUGUCGUUUGGCGCCAUCAAGCUUGCUGCAGUCGGUCAACAAUUUGGGCAUCAUAAUUGAUCUCACCAACACCAAUCGGUACUACAAUCGACAGGUCUUUAUAGAGCAAAAUGUGGAACAUCAGAAGCUAAUGAUACCUGGCCAUAGAACGCCGCAACGUUGGAUGUCUGAAAAAUUUUGCGAGCAUGUCAGCGAAUUUCUGGAGGCCAAUUCGGAUAAUGAUAAAUUAAUUGGUGUUCACUGCACUCAUGGAGUUAAUCGAACCGGCUAUUUGAUAUGUUAUUUCAUGAUUACCAAGCUAAACAUGUCACCCGAGCUAGCCAUGGAAGCCUUUGCAGCUGCACGUGGCCAUCCAAUUGAGCGUCAAAAUUAUACGCAGUCACUGAGUAAUAUAAAUACGGCUCAAGAGUUUCCCCAUAUCCAUCAAGAUGCCGCGCGGAAUGCUGAGCAGAACAGGCCGCAUAUGAGGAGUGAAAACUAUGGCAUGCAAAAAUCAGCUAAGUAUUAUCAAUAUAAAGCUGCAGCAUAUAACAAUGAGCGGAGUGGGGAGCGUGCAAAUGAAACAUAUAUUAACUGGCAGCAAAACCAAGAACGCUAUCGUGGAGCUAACGAAACUGCUGAGCGCAUAAGUAGCUGUCGUAUCCACUCAAAAGAUCGUCAAGCACAGCAUCAAGCUCAGUUUCAAGGGCAGAAGCAACACUCGUAUAAGGAGAGAAGGCAUCAGACUUCUCAGGAGCGUCCACAUGGAAAUCACAACCAGGCGUCGUAUAAUGAUUGGAGGCAUCAGACUCCUCAGGAUCGUCCACAUGGAAAUCACAAUCAGGCGUCGUAUAAUGAACGGAGGCAUCAGUCUUCUCAGGAGCGUCCACAUAGAAGUCAGACUAAAAAUCAAGACGCGCAUAAGGAAAGCAGGCAGCAGACUUCCCACGAGCAACCACAUAGAAGUCAGAAUAAAUAUAUAGACCCGCAUAAGGAAAUCAGGCAGCAGACUUCUCCAGAGCAAUCACAUAGAAGUCAGAAUAAAAAUAAAGACGCUUAUAGGGAAAGCAUGCUUCAGACUCAGACUUCUGAGGAACGUCCACGUGGAAAUCGAGAGUCUCGCAAGGCUAUUAGUUUGUCUAGCAAGCAUUCCCAGAGAAAUAUCGGCCCUUACAUUUGUUCGGCGCGGUCGAUACGCAAUGCUCAAAAAUUUAAGCAAAGUUUGCUCUCGAGAAAUUUUUCUUCUUCUGUCCCUUCUUCAAUGGAUCAUAGUACAAACCUUUUUGAGCGACCGCCCAACCGUCCCCAUUCCCCGUAUCAUUGAAAAUGGUAGAUGAAAUCACCGGGACCAUACAAAUUGAUUACUAUUUUUGUAUAAAUAAAUAAAUCACCGGUUUCUAAUAAGUAUACCAAAUGAGUCAUGAGUUCUC